GGAAUCAAGGUCGUGACAAUUUGUUCCGGUGAAAACCUUCGCGGAACGGCUCUUGCUCUUGUCAAUCAAAACGAAGAAGUCCAGUAUCCAAUCAGCUUUCUCCAAACAGGCCGUCAUGAACCCUUUUUGGUCGUAAUAUUUACCAGCUAGCUAGCUUCUUAUUUUUUUCUCACGAAACUGUUUUAUUAGAAUAUUCUUUGUUUUAUUUAAGAAUCGUCUACGUGUCCCCGAAACAGAUUUCCACAGCUGCUAUAUUAUUAUUGCAUAUAUUUUAUAUACUGGUGUUCGUGGUCAUUUUACAAUUUAAACUGAAGAUCACUUGGAGAAAAGUGUGAAGAGGCUGGUUUCAUGUGCACUGCACUGGGAUAAAUGACACCAUGAGUGGGGAGCUGGAUGCCCUGACUGUGGUGAACCAGCUACGCGAUCUUGCUGCCGACCCACUUAACAGACGAGCCAUUGUGCAGGACAACGGCUGCUUACCUGGGCUCAUCCUCUUUCUGGACCACCCAAACCCUCAGGUUGUCUACUCAGCAUUAUUGGCGGUUCGCUACCUGGCGGAAUGUCGGUCCAACAGAGAGAAGAUGAAGGGCGAGUUGGGCAUGAUGCUGAGUCUGCAGAAUGUCAUGCAGAAGAGCAUCUCGCCGGGGGAGACCAAGCUCCUGGCCUCCGAAAUCUAUGAGAUCCUGCAGGCGGCCGGCGACCGGGAAGCCCAGGAGGCGGAGGCGGAGGCUGCUUCCUGCAGACGUAAGGCCCACUUCUUCCUGGGCUCAACCAACAAGAGGGCCAAGACUGUGGUGCUGCACAUCGACGGCCUGGACGACUCGGCCCGUCGAAGUCUGUGUGAGGAGGCCCUGCUGAAGAUUCGAGGAGUGAUCAGCUUCACCUUCCAGAUGGCCGUAAAGCGCUGUGUGGUCCGGAUCCGCUCGGACCUCAAGGCGGAGGCACUGGGCACAGCCAUCAACUCCACCAAGGUGAUGAAAGCUGCGCAGGUGGUUAAGGGGGAAGAUGGAGGAGAGCUCGUGCUCCCGUUCCAGGAUGGUGCGGAGGAGUUUGUGGAACACAACGUGGACGUCCCCGACUACCUCCCUGAGGAGGAGAGCCCGUCCCAGGAGCAGGACAAGGCCGUGACCCGCGUGGGCUCCAUCACGGACGGAGUGGGUUGGCUCAGCACCGCUGCCAACUUCCUGUCCCGCUCCUUCUACUGGUGACCACUUCCUGUGUCGGUCCACGUUGUCGUAACCACAGACCCGACGCGGGCCCCCGGCCCUGUUUGUCCCCGGUCCCACUUCACCUUCAACACUACUCCCCCGUUCCCUGGUUGGCAGCCACACGCCCACUGUGCCGGGUGUCUGGAAGGACGGCUGGACGGCCUAGUGCAACCUGCAAUAACCUGAACUGUAUACAAGGAAAUCAGCUGAUAGAACGCUAGCUACUAUACCCCAGGUCGAGUGCCGCACGCUAAACACCCCGGCGCCACACAUCAUGCACUUCCAGAGGCAUAGACGGACAACUUCAGACUCCGCUCCCAUCUCUUAUCCCCCCCCCCCCCCCCCCCCCCCCCAGAAAAAUAGUUUGCUCUGACACCCGAUUGGUCCGUUAACUCUUUGAUACCAAAUUGCGUUGUGGGAAUGCACGGCGCCGCACCAGCUUCUGAGUUUGAGCGAUUCCACUGGAUGAUGGUGCGUUGUGGAGUUAGGGGUUUGUUUUGGUGCAUGGUUGUGAUGAGUGCUCUCGUUUUCCUGAAUUUCUUUUGUUUGAUCGUCCCUGGUUCACUUUUCUUUGCCCCGCGGGGUCUUUCUAACGCAUGUUGUAACCUCUUCGUUUUGUUGGUUGAUCUUGCUCACUGCCUUUUCAUCACUUGUUUAUGCCUCAAACUUUUGUGUGCCUUUUGACUCUUUACAGCAAUUUGUUUCUAUUUAUUUGUCAAUUUUUAACUUCACCCAAAUCCUCUGAAGCCUUGUGAAUAGAGCACUCUCUGCCCUCUGAACGGAGAGCUAGUUCCCCCUAAUGGCUAGGGUUAUAUGUCUGUUACAGCGCAGUCUUUGCCUCUAGUUCUACCUGGAGUUCUGAAUCCCCUGGCUUCACCGUGGAGGUGUGUUCACACCGAUCAUUGUUUUUCUCAACGUUGUGAUGCAUUGACCGAGCUUCUAUCCCAUUCAUCAUGGUUUCCCUGUAGCUAGUGUUUUUUGUAUGACAAGACGGCCUGUGUCAGUGUGCUUGACCGCCCCCCCCCACCACCUCCUGGCGAAUGUUUCCCUCACCCUAAAACGCAUCGACCUCUUUAAUGUCCCAGACACCUUAAAUGUUUAUGACCUUGGUUAGCCAGUAGUGUCCUUAAAAUGGCACACACACACACACUUAAACACUAGAACGGCAGUAGAUGUGUAAGGAGUGUCUGUGGUGUGGAUUGAAAAUGGGGUCGCUAAUCAUGUUAAUCUCAGUCUGUCAUAUUUCACUUGGGCUUUGUCUCCGUUUAACUUUUCUUGUUGAAAGGUGCCGGUCAACAGAAUGUUCAUGUACAAUGUAUUCUUGAGCAAAACACUUGGAGUUUUGAGGUUCUUGUGGGGGAUUUGUCUUUGGGUUUACCUUUUUAUUUGCUAAAUCCUUUUCCUGCCUGUAAUCCAUCUCCAGUUUAAUUAUUACCUUGUGAUUUGCAUUUGAUUUGUGUAUUACACGUGUGUUGUCUAAUGGCCGUUCAGAGCAGACAGUUUAUAGUUUUUCUGGGUGCCGAACUCACAACUGGCUACUAGAAUGGCACGAUGAAAAUAACCUUCUGAAGAAUGAUCCUAAUAAUGUACAUCCAUCUAAGUUUGUGUCUCUUAACGGUUGUCCUCACAAGUGACUAGAACAAGAAGUGAUAGGUGAGGUUUACCAAGUGUCAGUAUUCUAUGAAAUCCUAGUCUUCCUUUUUUUAGUGUAACAUGCAUAGAAUCAAAGUCGUGAUUGAACUCAUGGAAUAUGUUUAUUUUAUGUUGUGGCUCUUGUACUUUAAAUAUACUUGAACAAACUUGUCUGUUUAACCCCCCAGUGUGCAGUUUUUAAUCUCCCCCUAUCCUUUGAAAGUCACGACAUGCAUCAGGCUGGCUCACAGAACCGUGUAGCAACAUCCCAGAAUAGGAGCUUCUCAUGUACAGUAUAUAUCUAAGGUCAAAUGUAAUAUAAUUUAUUUCAGGUCUGAAAACGGUUAGUUCACUGUUACCAAUUCACUCUUAAGGCCUAAGAAUAUUAAAUAAAAUAAUCUACAAAUCA